AUGUCGUUUUACCAGAAAAACUCUAAUGCGAGAGAGGAGCGUAAUGUUGAGAGUGGAGAAAGCAAUACUGUUCCGUUAUUGAUUACCCUUGAACAGAAUAUUCAACUAUUGAAGAGGAAAACACAUCAAGUAGGCACACACAAGGAUAGUAGGGCAUUGCGAGAUGAAGUUAAUAACGAAAUAAUUCCAAAAAUUCAAAAGAUAAUUCGAACGCUAUCGGAUUCGACUUCUACUGAGUCCCAGGACAAGUUUACGCGUGAUUUCCAGGCGUUAAUGAAACGUUAUAACGAAAUAAAAGCGGAGUAUGAGACUCGAGCUGUACAACACCUGAUACCUGAAGAAGAUCAUAACUCCGAACAAGAUCAUCUUGAAUCGCAGUAUGAAAGUAUGCCAAUUCAAGAUAGUAUUGAUAGAAGAGAACAGGUUUCUGAAGAGACACCCUUACUUUUGUCUGCGCAGCAACAGGAGGCCAUGCUAAACCAGGAUGAGUUGGACUUUCACACUAUUAUACAGCACGAGAGGGCUCAGGAUAUUUCGAAAAUCCAUUCUGCAGUCCAAGAAGUCAAUGCUAUCUUUAAACAGCUAGGGACUCUGGUGCAAGAACAAGGUGACCAAGUUGACACGAUUGGUGAAAAUGUGGUUGGAUUGUCGCACAACGUUCAGAACGCCAACAAGGAACUAAAUAAGGCAAACGAGUACCAAAAGAAAAAAAAUAGAUGCGGAACUAUCGUACUAGUUGCUAUCAUAAUUAUAACGUUAAUAACUUUAAUCGCGACCCUUUCAUAG